AUUUAUCGUCUUCCCUACUUCGAAGCUCUUAACACAUUUGCAAGCUUCAAAGUCGAAAACUUUUUCAGCUAUGGCGGUUUUGUUAUCAUCAUCUCCCAUAGUCUCUCCACUAGGAAUCAACAUCGACACGAAUAAGAAUCUGGGUGUCUCGUAUUCUUCUUUCCCCCAAAUUCACCUCUUCAGAGUCUCUGCUCCACUGCGUAUUCGAAGAUCAGUCGUCUCGAGCCGUAAAAAUUCAGGAACUGGUUUAGCAAGCGAAGAUAAGAAAUUGUUGCUGGAACGAUAUGGUUAUGAUGCUAAUGAUGACUUUGGGUCUCAAUCUAAGAAGGCGAGAAGGAAAGAAGAGAAAAUGAGUGGAAGGAAUAGUCAACAAGUAGAAGAAGUUGUUGUGGUACAGCCAAGAACAACUCAUAGGUUGCUUCAGGUUCUUGCAGGAACGGCCAAAAGAAAGAAAUUGCUUUCUCUUAAGGGAAUGGAUGUGAGACCUAUGAUGGAAGUUGUUAAAGGAGCAGCUUUUGGGAUUCUCCAGGCUGCUGGUGGUUGUCCAACGUCUCUGCGUCCUGGUAGGUGGUUGGAUUUGUACAGUGGUACAGGAUCUGUUGGAAUUGAAGCAAUCAGUCGAGGAUGUUCUGCGGCACACUUUGUUGAGAUGGAUCCUUGGGUUGUUUCUAAUGUUCUACAACCAAACUUGGAACACACUGGGUUUGUUGAUGCUUCGGUUAUACACACUGCUCGGGUCGAAAACUUCUUGGAACGUGCAGAUAAAUUAGUAGGCAAGGAUGGAGCAUUUGAUUAUAUCAGCGUUACACCACCUUACAUGGAGGUAGAUUAUGAGGUUCUGAUGGAUCAGGUUGCUAAGUCGCCAGCCAUUGGGGAAAAUACAUUUAUUGUGGUCGAGUACCCUUCACGAACAACAAUGCUUGAUUCAUGUGGAUGCCUAGAAAAAAUGACUGAUCGAAGGUUUGGCCGGACACAUCUGGCCAUAUAUGGACCAAAAUGGGCUCAGAAGCCAAGAAAAUCUUAAAACCGCAGUGGAAAUCAAUGGUUACAUCUGGUCAUUUUUUUUGGUUAAAAGCAAUGAACAGAGGCUAAGAUUGAAGUGCUAGUUUAUUCCACCUAUUAAUACUAGAGUGAUUCUGUAGAUCAGUCACCAUUUUUGUUUGUCGCCAAGUCCUAAGAUGGAAACAAGUUGCAGACUUAUGAUAAUUGUAAAAUCGGUAAUGGUGUAUGUUGCGAUGUGUUUUUGUCACGCAGAGAUAUAGCUGUAUGCAGUUGGAGAUAUAAAGUCAUUUAGAUUUUUCCUUUUUGUCCAUUACAUAUGGCUUCUUUUGAUACCCUUAAGGUCUGAGAGAUCAACUUGCCAGACAUGAUUUCUAUAUGUAUGUAUCAGAUACAUCAAUAACCAUCUUAAGCA